AUGGAGACCUUUGGGCACUAUCUGGACUCCUACCUUGAGCUGGGGGCCCAAGGGACUAGAGGUGGCAUACUCUUGGCAUGGAAUAAGGAUAUGAUCUCAAUGUCAAAUGCUGUGAAUAGAGUUUUCACCAUCUCAGCUAUGAUCAAAGUUGCCUCCUCUGAUACCCAGUUUCUAAUGACUACAUGUUAUGGACCAGCGGAUGAUCACAGAAAAGAAGACUUCCUUGCUGAACUGAAUGCUAUCAAGCCAACUGUUGGGGUACCAUGGAUCAUCUUAGGAGAUUUUAACCUAAUCUACCAAGCCAGUGACAAAAACAACCUCAACCUCAACAGAAGGCUGAUGGGAAAGUUUCGAAGAGCUCUAGAUGAAUGCGAACUCAUGGAGAUUGCACUGCAGAAUAGGAAGUACACAUGGUCAAACGAAAGGGAGAACCCUACCUUGGUGCGUUUAGACAGGGUGUUUUGCAACCAUGAGUGGGAAACGGCCUUUCCAAAUUUCACCUCAAAUGCUCUGGCAAUGGGAGCCUCAGACCACUGUCCACUGUUUCUCACCCGAAAAGAUUGA